UCUGCCGCGCACUCUCCCGUCUCCUCUCCUCCUCUGCACCGGGGCUUGCGUUUCAUGCCCAAAGCCCUGAUCUGCGCUCCAAAAAUAACCCUCAGCCAGCAUGCCGAAGGAAGCAAAACAAGAAGAGCGGUAUUUUUAGGGUCAUUAAUUUCGACCACGUGGCCCGAAGGUAAACCGGAUGGCCGUUGCGCAAAGGCUCCUCGUCAGUAUGUCCUGCGAGGCCGGCACGCCGCACUGGACGCUGACCGCCGUGGUUCUCCUGGGCUUUCUGCUGGGGAUCGUGUCAGCGUACCCUUUACCGAGCAGCAGGACAAAUGCAACUUUACUGGAGAAAAGAUGGGAGACCCUCUUCUCCCGCUCUGUCCUGGGGAUCUCCGGGGAGAAACCGGAGCUGAACUGGGAGAGUGACUAUCUGCUGGGCAUCAAAAGAGUGCGGAGGCUCUACUGCAACGUGGGCAUCGGGUUUCACCUUCAGGUCCUCCCCGACGGCAGGAUAAACGGUGUACAUAAUGAAAACCAGUACAGUCUAAUAGAGAUCUCCACGGUGGACAGAGGAGUGGUGAGCCUGUAUGGGGUGAGGAGUGAGUUGUUUGUCGCAAUGAACAGCCGUGGAAGGUUAUACGGAACGACAGUCUUCCAUGACGAGUGCAAGUUCAAGGAGAGCAUGCUCCCAAACAACUACAACGCCUACGAGUCUCUGGUCUACAGAGGCUCCUACAUAGCACUCAGCAAGCAUGGCCGCGUGAAGAGGGGCAACAAGGCCACCACUGCCAUGACUGUAACGCACUUCCUACCCCGAAUAUGAUGAGCAAAAACUGGCAAUAACAAACUUAUUUGCACAUGUGGAUUAUUUCCCAGGUAACAUAAAUACCGUAUACGUACGUACAAACACAAAAGACAACAUGGACUGUAAAAGAAAGAAAUACCACUAUAUCUGAUAGUAUUUAUUCAAACUUUAUAUGUAUAUUUGGGUAGCUUCCUUUGUAUUAGAAAUUAUGGAAAUGCCAUUCUUUGCUGCUUUUAUGAUUUUCAUCAUUUUGUGAUAUGAAGGGAAUGGAGAGGCGUCAUUGAUCCCCUCACUUUAUAUUUGGGUGCUUGCUGGAAUUGGUUGAGUCCUUGCCCUGUCAGUGGAUGACAGUUUUUGAAAAUGAAAUGGAUACGUUAUUACCUCAAAGCACCAUAUCCAGAGAAGAAGAGGAAGAAGAAAAAGAGAAAUGUGUGCAUGAAAUUUCUAGAGAGAAGAAUGCCUGUUUACUGAAAAUGUUUUUUGUUGUCAUCCAUCGAGGACUUGAGCACUUCCCAUCCUCUAUGUUCCCAUCCCAUCCUAUCGUCUCUGUCACUGUCAGGGCAACUAGAGCACUUGCAAAUAUGGCGCUGGUUUUUUCUUGCUUCGUCAUGAGGUGGCGGUGCCUUGAAUUCCUACUUGCGGCCCCCCUUACCCUUGCAUGCGAGAAACGUGGUGCUCAAGUCAGAAAUAGGAAUGAAACGCAAGUCAUCACUCCCUCAGACACCACCGGGAGGCUUCAGCCCAAUUCCUAGAGGGCCAGAGGUUUCUCCGCUUUAUUUUCUUUCCAUAAUUAGAUCAAUUAAGUAAUUGAGACUCUAUGCUGCACAGGACCCAGUGGAGCCUCUUGUUAAUAUGGGAAGCUAGAUUUAGAGACAGCACUCACCCGCCCCCCCAUCUUGUCCAAGGGAGCUCUGACAAUCCCAGGUUUUACUUUCACAAAUUUUGUAGCCGGAUCAUCAGGUCAGAUGGAGUGUGUGAGUGUGUAGUAUAUACUGUAUGUGAGCAUGCAUUUAUUUCAAGUAUGUAUGUGGAAUUGCUCUGUUUGAGAGCAGCUCAAUUUGAUUUUUUUCCUUCUCAUUGUGGGAGGUCAAGGGGCGUCUGUGUAACACAAUAGCAUCACCCUGACACUAUGAAGCAAAAUGUCCUCCAUUUCUGUGUGUUAUGUGUGUAUAUUUCCCUCCAGUUCAAAUUGAGUUGGUGAAAUCUGUUGCAUCUGGUCUGUAGCCUUUAUAUUAUGCUAAUUUAUUCAAUUUAUUUUAAAAAUGUUGACUUUAUAGGGAAAGUGACGCUGGGAGAUGUUUGGCUUUCACACUGGUUUGAUAAAAUUUGGCACUUAAAGUAACACGUUUAUGCAGAAAUGAUUGACGUUACAUUGGAUGUCAUUGAGCUGUCAAUUCAGUGUCAAAACGAUGGUCUGUUGCAUUCAAUUGAAAUAGUGUAGACACUAGUUUGGUUGAGAGAGAAGUGGAACUGCUUCAGAGUUCAUGAUCUUGGGAUAUGUGAACAAUACUUCAGGUAACUCAGUCUGUCUGACGUUUAAAUGUGAUUGUGCUUUUGAUCCCAGAUUGAAGCUACUUAUGCAUUAUUCAGAUUGGUUGAUACAUUAGGGCUUCUUGUGAAAUGCGAGCGAGUGUUGCAAAAAGCAGUGAACCAAAGGGUUAUUUUAGCGAUGUUCAUUCGGGCUUUGUGUAUGCAGCAUACCAUACUUGAAUUCAACAACUGCUGGCUGGCGCUCCUCUUUCAGAUACUGUAGUUUUCCACUGUGGAGACGAGGGGGACAAAGAGCAAGCAAAGUUGAAGAUAGCAAUGAUGUACGGAGGACUUAUAUGGGACUCUGUAUGUGGCACUGGUUGUUUGUUUAACUUGGCGAGGAUGUGAAUAAUGUGGGGUAAAAUACCUGAGCACCAGACUCGUGGGCCCCUCGUCGGUUGGACGGUCAGCGCAGGGCCCUGGGAUUCUUGUCCCAUUCAUCUGAGCCAUUUUUGUACCAAGGUCGAAGAUAUGAGCUUCCUGUCCUUUGUGUUAGUGAUGUAGGCAUGUUUCUGCUCCAUCUCAGCUACUUUAGUUGUUCUACAGAGCUCUGCACCUGUUAGGCUAUUUCUUCAUCAAGACAUGUUUGGUUAUACGGAAGCCCUGAGAGGCAAAAACAAUCUGCUAAUUCAUUUUCUAAGCCUGAUCUUAAUGGUUUUCUGUCCUGUGUUUAUAACUUAAGAACAGGUGAAAAAAGGUAGUUCCUUAUUUUCACAUAUGAAAAGGGUGGGAUUUUUUUUUGU